AUGUCGUACCUAUCAUCUCCUCUUUGUCCUGGGAUUAUAUCACCUAUUGACCAGGAAGAUGAUUUAGAGAUCUCUUCCAGUAUUUCAGCAAUAAGACCAAGGACUAGACCGACAACAUCAGCAUCUACCCGUACAAUGGGAGCGACGCGUGAUGAAAGCAGUUCGUUUGUUGUGGCUAUCAUUGAAGGAAGAGGUGUUGCAAGUGAGGUUGGAAUGUGUUUUAUUGACGUGAGGACAAGUGAAUGCAUAUUGUCGCAGAUCGCGGACUCACAAACUUACACAAAAACACUCCAUAAAAUAAGCGUAUAUCGACCGUAUGAAAUUGUUGUGUCAAAUACGGCCGUGGAACCAUCAAAAUCCAAAUUAGUUAAGAUAUUAGAGGAGAAUGCUAUAGCCACAUCUAUAAUUCCAAUUGGAAGAAAACUUUUUAACGAUGCUGUUGGGUUAAAUUAUAUAAGACAGUACAGCGUCGAAGAUGAAGCGAACACUUUGAUACUCGGACUUAGCACCAAGUUUUACUGUCUUGCUGCCGCCGCCGCCGCCCUGAAGUAUAUUGAGAAUCAGCAACAUAUUUUCUUUAUUAACCAAUCGCUUAGAUUCAGAUACCGCGGUUGCGAAGGAACAAUGAUGAUUGCUCUUAAAUCAUUUCAGGACGUGGAUCAUCUUAUUACAGCACUCAUUAAAGUACCGCAAAAACAAACAGUUAAACAUGCUGAACAGAAUAUCAAUAAUAUAAUUAUACUCAAACAUACAAUUCAGUCAAUUAAAUCACUAUACGCGGCACUCGCUUUAUGUCAGAGUAUACUCUUAACAGGCACAAGACAAGUACUGGAAGACGAAAGACUAGGCGCAAUUGAAAAAAUAAUUAAUGAUGUAAUUAAUGAAGACGCUACUUAUCAGAAGAGCUCUCUUGGAUUGAGAAAUCAAAGAUGCUACGCCGUAAAGGCAGGAUUCAAUGGUCUAUUGGACGUCGCGCGUCAAACUUACAAAGAAGCAACAAAUGAUGUCUAUGAACUCGUAAAUGGUUAUACUGAACAGUACAAUAUUCCUCUCAAAAUGCAAUUUAGCCCAUCAAGCGGAUUCUGCCUUUCUACUACAGUUAGCAACUUGGAACAGAGACAAUUACCACUUAUAUUCAUUAAUGUUACAAAGAAAAGAAAGACAUUGACAUUCACGACACUGGAUUUGAUGAAGAUGAAUACCAAAAUAAAUGAUUCGUUGACAGAAGUAUAUUUGAUGUCUGAUAAAACAGUUACAGAACUCAUAUCAGAAAUAUGUAGUAACAUUGGUAUACUCUACGAAAUUUCUGAAUCCAUUGCGAUGUUGGAUUUGAUUACUUCACUUGCUCACCAAUGUACUGUAUCUAAUAACUAUUUUAGACCAGAAUUUACCGAGACCUUAGCAAUCAAAUCUGGUCGCCAUCCCAUCUGUGAACAUUUUUGUAUUGACUCCUUCAUUCCUAACGAUACAUAUGCAAAUUCCACUACAAACUUUCAACUAAUUACAGGACCCAAUAUGAGUGGGAAAAGUACAUACUUAAGGCAAACUGCUUUAAUUUGCAUUAUGUCUCAGAUUGGGUCAUUUGUUCCAGCCGAAUACGCAUCAUUCAGAAUAGUGGAUCAAUUAUUUACAUGUAUAUGUAAUGAACUUACUAUGGAAAACAAUACGAGUACCUUUAUCCUUGAAAUGAGGGAGACUGCCUAUAUUUUACAGAAUAUUACUGAUGAAAGUCUAGUCCUUAUUGACGAACUUGGACGAGGAACCUCAACUCAUGAUGGAUUGGGUAUAACUUAUGCUGUUUGUGAGGAACUACUGAGAAGCAAUGCCUUUAUAUUCUUUGCAACGCACUUUCAUGAGCUUACAACAAGUCUCGCUGUGUACCCAAACGUUGUGAAUUUACAUCUGGACGUGCAGAUUGAUGGAAAUAACAGCAACGUAGCCAUGAAGUAUUUGUACAAAGUAAAAGACGGUAGCACUAAUGAAGAGCAUUAUGGUUUGAAAUUUGGUCAGUUAGUUGGUCUGCCUGAAGAUGUCAUUCAAAGAGCAUCUGAAGUGUCCUACAAACUAAAAGAACUCAUAGAUGCGGGUAGACAAAGGUCUGCAACAAAUAAGUUACUUCAAAAGAGAAAACUUUUACUUCAAUUGGCGCAACAUCUUUCAAGUAUAAGGUCAUCUAGUUUGGAUAAAGAAACGCUGAAAGAUUAUUUAAGACGUAUGCAAGAAGAAUUUGUUGAAAGAAUGGAAAAAUUGAUAGAAAGCGAUACAUAA